AUGUCCUUGGCAACCUUCGCCUUUGCAUGUCAAUCGAACGUUCCUGCGAUAUAUGCGGAACUGAAAGAGUCCGAGACUCGAAGGCUUUGCCGGGCUACCAGAAUGCGGUCAGUGUCCUUCUGGGCGGUUCUCAUCUGCUUUGUUGUAUACUAUGGGGUGGGCUUUGCUGGCGUCUACACUUGGGGGUUCGACACCAAAGAUAACAUACUGUACAAUUACAAUUCGCUAUUCAAAGAUAGCAUCGAUGUGACCAUAGCUUUCAUUGCGAUGGCUAUUUCAAUUGCGACAGCGUAUCCCCUCUGCAUUUUCCCUGCGAGAUUUGGACUGGAAUCUGCUUUGCUGGUUUUGUACCCGUCUCGAUUUGACUCAGACGAUAGCGGGCGGGCGAGCCCGGCUGUUGUGACGCUGCUAACUGCAAUAACGGUCCUUCUGUCGCUUGGAUGUGCCGUAUUGGCACCAUCAAUAGCACAGGUAUUUGAGCUCGUAGGGAGCACCAGCGGUAAUCAAAUGACCCUGAAGACGUUCGAGGCCUGGAGUGUCAUGCUCAUCGGCGUCGUCUUUGUUUUCAUCGGCACGGCUGUUGCAAUCAAGGACAUGAGCGAAUGA